UGGCUUUGAGGUGGAUCAGUGUUCUUUUUGUACUGAUGAAAAUGAAACCCUAGAACAUCUUUUUUUUCUAUGCCCUAUCACACAAUGCAUUUGGUGCAACUUAAAAAAUUGGAUUUCCCUAAAUAUUAAUGACGUGCCACUAUUUGAAUUACAUCAUAAAUUUUUUAUAUGGAUCAUCUAGCAUUGGGUGUCUCAGACAUCAUUAACAUCAUCAUACUUUUGAGUAAAUAUCAUAUCCAUUGUGCUAAAUGGAGGAACACUAAGCCUUCUCUCCCUGGUUUUAUUAAUAAUUUUAAGAUAUUUUUUUCUUUGCUAAAAAAGACAAAAAGCACAUAUGCCAAAAAAAAUUAACCAGGAUAAUGCGUGUCUGCUAUUCAAAAUUUUGACUUAUGCUGAGGCUUAUAUAUUAAGUAAUGCAGCUGCUUCUCUUAGGCUACUAGCAGGUUGCUGAGUAGACAUCUGUGUAGUGGUUUGUUUGAAAUCUACCACUUUUUUCAGUUUCCUUGUCAAGAAACAACUUCCUGUUUAACUGAAAUGACUUCUUGUUCAACUUAAAUGCCUUCCUUUUUAACUGAAAUGCCUUCCUGUUUAACUGAAACACCUUCCUGUUCAAGUGAAAUGCCUUGGUUUUUCAGUAGUGUGUGUGAGAGCGUUUCAGUUGUGUGUGAGAGAGCUAAAAUUUCAGUAGUGCGUGUGAGAGCGUUUCAGUAGUGUGUGUGAGAGCGUUUCAGUAAUAAUGUUCCUUAUGGCACCUCAUAUUAUUAUGUUACAUUGUAUUAAUCAUGUCUAAACCCAUUGUCUCUUUAAUGCCUCCUGAUGUCCCAAAAGAAACUCCUCAUACAGUUUUACCCAGUAAGUAACCUGCAUGUGUCAGCUGACCUAUUGUGCAGCAAUGGAAGAGAGUCAUUUGUCAAACUUAAGGUUUGAUUGCACUUAUUAAAGAGCAGCCAUGAACUGCAUGACACAGUUUUAUUGGUAGGAUUUUUAAAUGGUGAGAAAACCUGUUAUUGUUGGUUAAAAAAACCUCUUUGAAAUUUGAAGUUUAUACCACCCUAACAUUAACCCUCAGUGGUUUGGUGACCUGAUGGAUGUUAAAAAGUUCAGAACAGGGAAAGGGUAAAAUGAACUCUGAACCACAGAGAUAUAUAUUUUUUUAUUUUGCAGUGUCUUUUGGUGCAGUGUCACUGACUUCUAUAGGAAUUUGUGUCUCAGCUUACUCUGUCUCUUUACAGGAUGAAGUGAGCAGCCGCAUCACAGCAGAUGGUAAAUUCAAGAUCACAGAGCGAACAGAGUCUCUGAGGAGAAGUACCAGCAACAUAAAGAAGACACUGCCACCUCUUCCUGUUUCCAAGAUCGACAAGAGACUGGAACAAUAUACACACGCCCUGGAGCUCUCCUCAAAGGAAGGCAGAUCAGGCUGCCAGACAGUGACUGAUCUCACUGCUCCCACUGAACCAGUUGCAUCCAAGAAGAACCUGUUUGAGGCCGGAGACGCCUGGAACCAAAAUGCCACCUCGAUCACAGCAUCUAAGGACGCAGAUGCUCUAAAAGUGGGUGUUGCUGAUCUCAUCAACCAGUGGGUGAAAGGAAGUGAAGACGGAAGCAGAUCUAGCUCCCCCUCCAAACCAGCCGAAAUCAACCCUGGUGGUGUUUUAAACAAGAAAAAUUUAUGGGAGAGCCUUGGAGACACGUUAUCGUCUGGGAAAGAAGGAAAGGAGAGCUCCACUGGCAAAAGAUAUAAAUUUGUGGUGACAGGUCACGGCAAGUAUGAGAAGGUUUCUGUUGACAGCGGAUGCAGUGAGGACAUAAACUGCCAGUCAGCUGGCCACUUCUAUGAAGAUUUGUAAAACGCAUGUUGGAUUUUGAAAGUACAAUGCCACUAUCACUUGACAAUUCUCUGUAUUUCUGCCUUUAGGUUGGGGAAAGUACUUAAAUUUUCUGUUUCUUGUGGCACUUUGUUGUAAUAUUGCAAAAUGUAGUGAAGCAAAAAGUAGGUCCUAUCUCUGUUUAUACUAUAUUUUUCUGUGAAUGAUACCUGAUGGAACUUAAUACAUCUUUGACUACAGAUAAAUAAAUUCAGUUACACUGA